AAAUGGAAGUUACAUAAUUUAAGUACAAAUAAUUGUGAAAGGAUAUACAUAAAAAGAAUCAGGAAGUAUUUGUCAAAAAUGAAAGUGUGUUUUAUUUAAUUAAAUAAAAAAGAAAAAGGACUUAAAUUUACAUCAGACACAUGGAGAAAAUGCAUCAAUUUGAAAGUCGUAGUUUCCGCCAUAGGAAAGUGCUCACAUUACAGAAGUUAGAAAAAAAGAAACCGUUUAGUCGGUCUUUGUCUUUAAUAAGUCGGAUUAGAAAUCUUUGGUCCAGGUCGGAUAGUUCGUCACAGAGAUCACCUGUUCCCACAACUAACAUUGCUGUUACACCUCCAAAGGAAGAACAGGACAAGAAUCAUACACUACCUAGAAAUGCAAGAUUAGGUAUAGUACAUGAAAAUCCCAGAAUAUUAUCAGAUGGAGAAAGUGAAGAAAUCUCAAUCACAUCCAAUCCUGGCAGCAGGGAGGACGUUGUCUCAGCAGUAAGAAUGAGGAACCGCCAAAGAAGAUAUAGCCAGGAGGCAAACAAACGCCUGUCUCUUCCAGCCGAUAUGCGACUACCAAGCCAUAGGUCUAGAACAAACCUAAGUAGUCCUGAAGGUCAGCUGAGUCGACGGUCCAGGAGGAAGUCUCUUUCUGAAAUUGGAUUUGGAAAGAUAGAAUCCUACACGAAAUUAGACAAAUUAGGAGAGGGAACAUAUGCUACUGUGUUCAAGGGUAAGAGUCGACUAACAGACAAUCUUGUAGCUCUGAAAGAAAUACGACUAGAACAUGAAGAAGGAGCACCAUGUACAGCCAUUAGAGAAGUCUCAUUACUCAGGGAUCUGAAGCAUGCAAAUAUAGUCACUCUCCAUGACAUCAUUCAUACAGAAAAGUCUCUCACUCUAGUCUUUGAAUAUUUGGAUCGUGAUCUCAAACAGUAUAUGGAUGACUGUGGUAAUAUAAUGAGUAUGAAUAAUGUAAAGUUGUUUUUAUUCCAAUUACUACGAGGCCUUGCCUAUUGCCAUAAAAAACAAGUGCUACAUAGAGAUCUUAAACCACAAAAUCUUCUAAUUAAUGAAAGAGGAGAACUUAAAUUAGCUGAUUUUGGUUUAGCCCGUGCCAAGUCAAUACCUACUAAAACAUAUUCCAAUGAAGUCGUCACAUUAUGGUACCGACCACCAGAUGUUUUAUUAGGUUCAACAGAGUAUUCUACUCCAAUUGAUAUGUGGGGAGUUGGUUGUAUAUUUUAUGAGAUGGCAUGUGGUCGGCCAUUGUUUCCAGGAUCAACAGUAGAGGAUGAACUCCAUUACAUAUUUAAAAUUCUGGGAACACCAACAGAAGAUCAGUUCCCAGGACUUAGUAAAAAUGAGGACUAUUUGUCUUAUAACUUUCCUUUCUAUAAACCAGAACCACUUAUUAAUGUAGCACCAAGAUUAGAUGGAGAUGGUUUAGAUUUGUUAUCAAAACAUUUACUGUAUACAGCUAACAAAAGGUGCUCAGCUGCAGAGGCGAUGAAAUAUCCUUUCUUCAACAGUUUGGGACCAAGUGUACAUAGGUUACCAGACACUGUAUCUAUAUUUACACUACCUGGUAUAAUAUUACACAAAGAUCCUGGAAUGAGAUCCUCAUCAUUAUCAUCUACAGGAAAAAUAAGAAGACAGAGUAUGCUGUUUUGAUCCAUGUGACAUGAUUAGAUUAUGUAUUUAAAUGAGCUUGCUGUUUUAAUCCAUGUCAUGUGAUUAGAUCAUGUGACUGACAUGUGAUACAUUUCAUGUGAUAAUCAAAGCAAAAUUUUCUAAUGUGCAAAACAGUGCUGUUGAAUGACAAACUAUACAUAUGAUAAUUGCUGUUAAUUGAUUUUUUAGUAAAAAAUAGUGUGUGCAUGCUGAAAUUACGAUUUUUACUAGUUACCUCUCAUUUUUAAGUUAUCUUAAAAAUGAAAUUCAAACAUAACAAGGUCUUGUAUUUUUAUUUUAAAUUUUUACUUUGUCAAAACAAAUAUGAGACAUAUGAAUUUCAUCAAUAUUUAGAAUAAAGUUAUUAGGAGCCAAGUUGACAUUAGUUUAUAAAAAUACCCCUUUGACAGUUUUAAGUAGCAUGUAUAAAGAUAGCAAUUAUAUGUUGAUUGCUAUGCUGGUUUUCAAUAAAAGAUAAAAUAUUUUAAAGUUGAACAGUAGAUAUUUUUUGUAUUUUAUGAAAUAACAUAUCAUGCUUGGUGCUUCUCAUAUAAUUGCAAUUUUUUAUGACAGAACUUUUUUUUUGCUUUAAGUGCUUUAGAAUAAUUCUACUUUAAUAAUGCACAGAAUCAGUCGUUUUAUAAAUAAGAUUGCGGACAAGCUCUAACAAAAUAAUUUUGGAGUUCUUGAUUUUUCUGCAUUAGUGAAGAGAUUUGUUAAUAUUCUAGAAAAAUUAUAUCAUAUAAAGCCAUAUAGUAUAAGAGAUAUUUUGAAAGUGCUGAAAAAGAGAAGCUAGUUACGACUCGAUUGAUGAUAAAAUUUGCAUUUAAAGGUGUCAUGAGUGAAAUUUUCAAUUCUUAUCCUUUAAGAAAGUUUACAUAAUGAAUGAAAAUUUGAAGAAAUAAAUUGUAUUAAACACAAGAAAUGAAUUCGAAUGGCUUUCUUUAUUAAGAUAGAUAACUCUCCAGGUUCUAAUUUGACUGGCUUAUCAUUAUCAAUAGACAGAAAUCGGUAGCUGCCAUAUUGAACUUCAUCUUCAUCCGACCAUGUAACAAUUUGUUUAACUCAGGCAAACAUUUUAAAGGCUGUUAUUAAUUAUUAUGAUUCUUCUUGAUCUGUGUAUAUUGAAAAGAAACCACCGAUUUUUCAUCAUUGGUCAUAUUUACUGUGCCAUGUGAUGUAUUUGUUCAUUGUAUUGUAAUGUAGGAUUGUAACAUAAAUUGUAACACAACAAAUAAUGACAUAGAACACAACAAAUUAUGAAAUAAUACACAAGCAUAUUAUGACAUGAAAUGAAAACAUUUAAAGGCAUAGAACAUAGCCUAAUAUUGCAUGGACUAUGACGUGCUUUGAAAAAACAAAUAAUGUUUUUAUAGUCUUUUUUUUUUUAAAGUUUAUAUUAAACUUUUGAUAACACCAAUGAUCAUAAUUUUUUACAAUGGAGAAUAAUAGUAACUAUUUAUACCUUGCUCUCAGGAGUUAUAUACAGUGGAUUCAUUAUUUAGCAUUGUAUACUAGGAUUUGAGAUGUACAUGGAAACCUAGCAUUGUAUACUAGUAACAGAGAUAUACAAGAAAACCUUGCAUUUAAUUUGCAGGGAAAGACAACUUUUUGAUUGAUUUUUUAAGAGGUAGUGACAAAAGCUUUAAUUUUUUUUCGUAAACUGUGAAUAAUCAUAUGGCAUUGGAUAUUGCUGUUAACUGGUCACUAAAAGAUUGUUGGCUGCAGCAAUAGAAGUAGAUAACAAGAAUCCAGUUUACUAUACUGGAUCCUGUCUAUGUAAUUUUAACUGGGAUUGAACAAUCAAUGGAUGAUUAUAGACAGCUUUACACAGAGAAUGGGGUGCAUGCUGAAAGUCAAUAAAACCAUUGCAAUGACAAUAAACAUAAAACCUGAAAAAAUUCUUAUUUCAUCUCGAUAGCUAUAGGCAAACAAAUCAGUCAGUUUCUCCAUUGAUUUUAAGGACCUGGUUGUAUUCAGUACAAUUAUAACAUAAAUGAAUAGUAUAGCAUGCGUCAUAUAGAUAUUACUAGGAAAUUAUAACAAGUUAUGAAAACUGUAUAAACACAACUUUGUAGUAAUAAAUAACAUUCACAUGUAGAUCUCACUUAAUACAAUAGAAUUAUGUUAUACAUCAUGAAAAUUAAGUUGCUGUUUCUAAACAAGAAAGUGUGUGUACAUAUAACUAUUCCGCUAGCUAUAAGAAAUAUUAAAGGUAUCUAUACCAUAUUACAGGUACAUGAUAUCUUUUCAACAUGGUCAAUGUUGUACAUAUGUGGUCAUCUCACUGCAACUUGUAUAUGAAAGAUCUUGCUAUAAAAAGCUGGCUUGUACUAUCAUCAUUCUCCUUUUACCUCAUUUUGUGUAUUAAAUUAACUCUUUAGAAAAACUAAAAUUUGUUAAACCAAUUCAAUUGAUUGGCACUAAUCCAUGUUAUCAAGAUAGCUUAGGGAUACUCAGAUCAAAUGAACUUGGUUUAUUUUAUUGAUAACUGUCUUCCAGACAAAUCAAAACACAACGUCUAUGGAAUUUUUGAUGCCAAAGUAAAAAGACACUUGAUCAAAUUUCUGUUUAAUUCUUGUACAAGAUUCCAAACCACUGAUAGCACAUUUUUUAUAUUAUUUAAUUACUGGUAUUCGAAAAUGCAAAGUUUUUUUUCACACAAAUUGAGGUCUAAAGACAGUGACAAUUUUGUUCUUUUUCAUUUUUUAUGGUUGCAUUAAUUGAAUACUACCAAUGCCUUAAUGUUCAUAAUAAUACUUCAAUAGUUCAAAGGUUACACAAUAUUUAAAGAAAAUAACUGAGAAAACAUAUAAUGUUGUAUUGAGAAAAGUUAAAAGUGUCUACAAAAUAUAUGCUUACCAAUGAUAUGCCAGUUAUAUCUUUUAAAGUAGCUUAACCUAUAAUGGAAAUGAUUUUUUGACAUUUUCUGAUGAAUAUUUAAUUUUCUUAAUAAUUGAAAAGGUUUUCUAACAAUUUAAAAAAGGAAUCAUUUUUAGACAGAAAGAAGAAUUUUGUAUUUUAGCCCAGAAAUUUUGUACCACUACUUUGUAUAAUUUUGUAAAGAAUGUGUAUAAAUGUAUUACUAAUUUAUUUUUUCAGUAUAUUGUAAAUGUGACCUUUUAUCAUGUUUAUAGACCAUUUGAUAUAACUUGGUGUUAUUUACCUUUUCUGUAUUGUCUAAAAAAAAACUAUAAUUCUGGUCGAAUAUAAAUUAAUUUUUCAUAUUCAGGUUUAGGUUAAAAUCUUCAAUUAAAACUUGCUCCCGCCUAUGAUAUAAAGAAAUACUUUUGAGAAAUAUAUUUGAAUUUUUAUCUGAAUUGCUACAUAUUUAUAAAUUUUUAUCAGUAUGUUUAUUCUAUCAUUUUAGUGUACUCAACAAGUUGAAUUACUUAGACUUUAUAUUAAUUUGAACAUAAAAUAUAUAAUUUUGAAAACAUUACAGAAAUACAAAUUGGUAUGAUUCAAAAAAGAAAUUCUUCCCAGAAUUAAACAUGCAGUCUGUUAAGUGAACUUUGUGCUGAAGUUUUAAUUACGUUUAUCAAGAUAAUUCUAUUUUACUAUUAAGCUGGUACAGAGUUUAUUAAGUAUCUGAUUCAGUAUUAAAUGUGUCAUUAUUAAAAGGUAUUUUUAAGCUAACAAUGAUUUUGUUUUUCUAAUUAUAUAUUUCAAAAGAUUGAUUGUUGUGAAUGCAGAUUUAUUUAUAAUGCACACUCUCUGGCAGAGUUUGAAACAUGUUUACUUGUUUUUAUUUAUUUAAUUGUAUACAAAAGGAGAAAGGAUAUACAGUACCAUCCUAGAGCAACAAAGUUGCAAAUAAAUUUUUGUAUAAAAAUAAUGAUAUGGUCAUUUCAGUUGUAUAGUAUGACAGUCUAGAGUUACAGUUUGUUAUGAUUGACACAAUCCAUACAGUUUUACUGGAAAUAUUUAGUGUAAUUGAUCUUCUAAUUUCAGUAAUCAGUCAGUGUACUUAAUUAAAUGUGUAUUAAAUUUACACCUCAGACAAUACAGACGAUUUCUAAAAUACUUGUUGAUUUCAGUUUAUAUUAAAAAUAUUAUAUGUUUUAAAAUCAAAAUAUUUUGGCUAAUUUGUGGUUACACAAAUGAAAAACGAAAAAAAUCAUUUAUUUCAUGACUACUACAUUUGUUUUUCUUUAAAAUGGCUCACUAAAAGAACGAUGGGUAUACACCAAAAUGUACCUAAACAUUUAACAAGAAAACUUCUUAAGUUUAUUUUGACACUCAACUAUAUCCCCUCCCUCUAUUUGUGUUAAUUAUACCAUUUUGUAGUUUCUGACAUGCAUGCAAGCCAUAACAUCACAUUUGUAUUCACAUAACAUAUAAAUCACAUCAUAAUCUGUUGAUACCAAAUAGUUCGGCUUUUAUGAUAACUCUUGCAUGUAAGAUAUAAAAAAAAGACACUGUCAAUUUUUUACAACUCUUAUUCAAUUUUUUUUUCACCUCAUAUCAAAGUAAAAUUUUGUAAAAUAAAUCUGGAUAAAUAUUGAGAAAAUUGUGCAUGGCUUGAUUUGAAUGCAUACAAGGCAAAAUAAUUUUCAGAUUUCUUUUUUUAUUUAAAGAUAAGAAUAUUUUUUACUGGGCGAUGUUUUUAUUAAAGUACAAUAUCAAUUAUUUUUCAAAAUUAGAAUUCACAAAAAGAGUUUUUUUUCAAUAAAAUCAUGCCUUGCAAAAGUUUUUUAAGCAUCAAAUAAUUAAGUCUUAAUCCAGCCCGCUCUGUUAACAUGCCAGAUUAAUUUUCUAUUUACCAGUUUUUUAUCCUCUUUUUUAAGGUGUUCUAUGAAAAAAAUGAACUUUUUCCAAACCAUAUAAAUUUAUUCAACUGUAUAAAAAAAUGAGCAGUUUGUAUCUGGUCAUUUUGAUGAUAAACCAUCGAUAUUCUAUCUGUCUAUCUGUUGUAUGUAAAUGUGUAUUUGUCCUUCGAUGUGAUGCACAUAUAGCAGUUACAAUGUCUGUAUAAAUACCAUAUCAUGCCUCCAUUUUGUAACAAAGUAACACGUUUUCAUUACUGAUGCCAUCAUGUCAUUUUUACAAUAAAUGCUAAACUGCAA